AGGCGACGGAACUCAAGCGUCAGCUUGAGGAGCUCCUUCGACUGGGUUUCAUUAAACGCAGUAAAUCCCCUUGGGGUGCACCUGUCCUCUUUGCUCACAAAGCGGACGAAACUCUUCGCCUCUGCAUCGACUACCGCGGCCUUAACCGUUACACGGUUAAGAACAACUAUCCCAUGGCCCGCGCGGAUGUUUGACCGUCUGGCAGGCAACCGCUUCUUCACGAAGAUCGAUCUUCGUAGCGGUUACCACCAGAUCUGCGUUGCCACAGAGGAUCAGCCGAAGACCGCCAUUCGGUCGCGCUUCGGCCACUACGAGUUCACGGUGAUGCCAUUCGGCCUCACCAAUGCCCCCGCCACCUUCCAGAGGGCGAUGAACGACAUCUUUAGGGACAUCCUUGAASAAUACGUUCUCGUAUACCUGGAUGACAUCUUGGUCUACAGUCAUACCUUAGAAGACCAUCUCAGACACCUCCGCGAUGUCCUACAGCGCUUACGCAAGCAUGGCUUCUAUGCCAAGCUCAGUAAGUGCCGAUUUGCCCAGCGCAAAGUGGACUUCCUAGGACACCAUGUGUCUGACCAGGGUCUCCACAUGGACGACGCGAAGAUCACUGCUAUUGCAGAGUGGCCCGUCCUCGCAUCUGCCAAGCAGCUUCACAGUUUCCUAGGCCUCACCAGCUACUAUAGUAAUUUUAUCCAGGGAUACGCUAGGUAUUCUUACGUCCUUACCUCUACCCUCGUCCGUAAGAACCCGCCGUGGUUUUCGAAACCCCUGUGCGAGGACGCCUUUCGCGCCCUCAAGAAGGCGGUGACCUGUGCGCCGGUUCUUCGCCUUCCAGAUUUUGAUCGCCCCUUUAUCGUCACCACCGAUGCGUUAGAUUUUGCAGUAGGAGCUGUCCUUUCUCAGGUGUUUCCCUCUCCUCCAGAUUCACCUUACCCCCAUGUUCCUCCUUUCGCCCCCCCUCCUGCUGACACUGCUUCUCGACUGCCGCCUACCUUCCCACCACUUCCCUCCACUGACAGUCCUUCUGUUACUUACUCCCCGAACAUCGCGAAGGAUGGGACUGUCGAGGCUCGUGUUGGGGAUUGCCCAAUCGCUUUCUACUCCCGUCAGCUACUGUCUGCCGAGAUAAACUACACUGUCGAUGAACGUGAGGUUCUCGCAGUAGUUUAUGCUACCCGGCAUUGGCGUCAUUAUAUGUACGGGGCACCCUUCACGGUGCGCACGGACAACUCAGUUGUCCAGGCUUUCCUCACGAAGCCUAAGCUUUCCCCUCGACAGGCACGCUGGUGGCGUGACUUAUCCGAGUUCAGUUUCACCACUCUGCCCAUAAAGGGUGAAACGAACCGCGUCGCCGAUGCCUUGUCCCGCCGUCCUGAUCACAAUCAGGAACUCAUCCAUCUUGCUGCCAUCUCUAUCACCACUGUUGAUCAGUCGGUGAUCGACGUGUAUCGUACUUUGUACCGCCACUGCCCCGAUUAUCACGUCAUCCACGCGACACUGCGGAGUGGCAAGACCGUUCCUUCCUACUCCCUCAGGGAGAACGGCCUCGUGUACUGGCAUGGCAGAUCUGGUCAGCUAGAACUACGUAUCUGUGUUCCUUCCACCGGACAGCUCCGCGUCCAGGCUGUAGCAGAGUUCCGUGACCAGGCAGCUGCCGGUGAUAUGGGUUUCCACAAGACGUUGGCUCAUGUUUGCCGCCUAUACGUCUGGGCGAAGUCCAAGGACUUUGUCAAAGCCUACAUCCAGGAGUGUCCUACCUGCCAGGAGGUGAACAGUGCGAACCACCUUCCGUAUGGGUUACUUCAGCCCUUACCCAUACCUGAAGGUCGUUGGCAAUCCAUCUCGAUGGAUUUCAUUGGUCCCCUCCGCCCACCCACUGAGCGUGGUCAUGAUGCUAUCUUGGUCGUCGUCGAUCGCUUCACGAAGCGUGCACGUUUUGUCCCGUGCCGCUAUCGCAUUAGCGCUCGUGAGGUCGCCGACAUCGUCUUCAACCGAGUCGUGAGAGAUCACGGCUUACCUCAGAGCAUCAUCUCCGACCGUGACUCGCGCUUUACCAGCACAUUCUGGCGACGCCUACACGAGGUGUACAGAUCCCAGCUCUGCUUCUUAUCGUCUUUACCACCCUCAGACGGAUGGUCAGACUGAGGUCACCAAUAAAACUCUCGGUAAUAU